GGGUCAUCCACUUGAAGCCCAAACUUUCCCCAGACCGCUCCAAUUCCAUUUGUUUACGAACAGGGCUCCAAAGCGAAGCAGCCGACUGAUAAGAGCGUGGCAGUGUAAGCGCAGCUGAUAACGGACAGCGGAGAGGCGACCUACUGAUGCCUGGACCGCGCAGGCAGAUGGAAACAGUUCGCACCGGUUCGCACGAGUGUGCAGUGGAUGAUCCAGCGACGGGAAUGGCAGCCACGAUCCAAAACAGCCUGAAGGUGGCGCUGCGAAAGCGCAUUAAGGAUGCACUGAAGGGCAUCGACGCGGAGGCCAUCGCUCGGCAGUCGCAGGCCGUCACUUCCAAGGUGCUGCAAAGCGAGGUCUUCCGGCAGGCCCAGCGGGUGAGCAUUUACCUGAGCACCGCCUCCGAGUUGGACACCACGGCGCUGAUUUCGGAGAUGUUCCGCCUGGAGAAGAUGGUCUUCGUGCCCACCUACGAGGGCAGCAGGAUGAAGAUGGUGCGACUGCGCGGCAUGGACGAGUACGAGAGCCUGCCCCCGACCAAGUGGAACAUCAAGCAGCCGGACUUCAAGGAGGCGCGCGAAGAUGCCAUGACCAAUGGGCACGGCAUCGAUCUCUUCAUCGUGCCCGGAGUAGCCUUCACCCGCUGCGGAGCUCGGAUGGGCCAUGGAAUGGGCUACUACGACAAGUUCCUCAAGCAGCACGCGGAUAAGUAUCCGCACAAGAAGAUCUCGCUGAUGGCGCUGUCGCUCAACGAGCAGAUAGUCAGCAACGAGGAGCUGCCCAUGGAGUCGCACGACGUCCGUUUGCACAGUGUAAUUACGGAACAUUAACUUUGAGCUUACAUACAAAGUGGGAAAAUACAACGAACUAAUACAAAGUCA